AUGAUUCCAUCUCAACGGAAUCUAACAGAUAGUCAAGCUAUUCAUAUUGAUUUUGCCGAUGACUCUGGACUUAAACCAAAGGCUGCACACCAAUUUUUCAGUCAACAAGUUGGUGGGAAGGAAAAUCUUGGAUACAUUGAAAGGGAUCAAAAAAAUUACUUAAGAAGUAAGCGGCAAAAGGCUAUGGCAUAUGGAGAAGCAGGCAGCCUCCUAAGAUAUUUACACAAUCAAUCUUGUGAGAAUCCCUCAUUCCAAUAUACUGUACAAUUGGAUAGUGAAGAACAGAUUACAAAUAUAUUUUGGGCAGAUACAAGAAUGAUUAUUGCUUAUGUUCAUUUUGGUGAUGUCAUUACUUUCGACACCACAUACAGUACUAAUAAAGAAUAUAGGCCUUUUGGGGUAUUUUCUGGGUUUAAUCUUCACAGAGAGACUGUACUAUUUAGGGCUGCACUCCUUUAUGAUGAGAUAGCUGAAUCUUUUAAGUGGUUGUUCCAGACAUUCUUAGAAGCACAUAAGCAAAAAAAGCCAAAGACUAUAUUUACAGACCAAGAUCCUGCAAUGGCAAAGGCAUUGGUCGAGGUGCUUCCAGAUACGUUUCAUGGAUUAUGUAGUUGGCAUAUAAUGCAAAAUGGAAUCAAGCAUUUGGGAUACCUGAUGAAGGAUGGCUCAUUUUUUCUUACAGAUUUUGCAACAUGCAUGUAUGAGCACGAGGAAGAGAAAGAAUUUGAAGAUGCUUGGAAUGCUAUGCUAUGCAAAUAUAAUGUUUGCAGCAAUCCAUGGUUGGAAAAGAUAUAUGAAAUUAAGGAGAAAUGGGCUAAAUGUUAUAUAAAAAAGUUUGAAAGGGUCGCUAAUGAAAAGCACUAUAAGGAGCUAGAAGCUGAGUAUAAUUCUAGGCAAAAGUUACCGAGCGUGAAGGUACAAAAAUCACCUGUACUACAACAAGCAGCGAAAAUCUACACUCCAUCAAUCUUUGAAAAGUAUUUCCAAGAAGAAUUUGAUUGGUCUUCAGCAGCUAUUAUAAAACAGCGUGAGGAAUCUACUCAUACACAUGAGUAUACGAUUGCCAUUGUAGAUGAAAAAAGAGAGCAUAAGGAGCAUAAGGUGAAAUUUCAAACUUCAGACCAAAGUAUCUUAUGCAGUUGCAUGAAAUUUCAGAGUUAUGGAAUUUUGUGUUGUCAUGCUCUGAAAGUUCUUGAUGUAUGGGAUAUUAAAAGAAUUCCUGAUCAAUAUAUUCUUAAGAGGUGGACUAGGGAGGCAAGAAAUGAGGCUGUUGCAAGCAUGAAUGAAGCCAAUGUAAUGGAAGAUAAGAAAUUGACUAUAGCUGAGCGAUAUAGAACAGCUUGCCCUAUAUUAGUUGAUAUUGCAUCUCGAGCAUCUGGAGAUGAAAAAGCCUUUGAAUUGGUAAUGAAAAUCGCACAUGAGUUAAGAAAACAGGUUGAAGACAUCUUCUUGGACAACUCAACAACGAGUAUUGAUGAACUGCAUAAUUCUUCGCAAGGUGGGGGUGAGAGGAUGGUUCAAGAAAGUCAAAUUGAAAGCUUACUUCAGAAGGCAAAAGGUUUGAAGAAGAAAAACAAUUGUAAAGGUCGCAAAAAACGCCCUAAGGCUUGGCAUGAGAAUAUAGGCAAGGGAAAGAAAAAAUCUUCUAGGAAAGAUAAUUCAAUUCAAGAAUCAGAUAAGGGUCAAGAAGUUGAACCAUCGAAAGAGAAAAAUGAGAAAUCAUCUGAUAAAGAUCAAUCAGUACCACAACAAUCUCAGGAUCAAGAAGCUCAACCAUCAAGAAAGAGGAAUAAGAAAUUGUCUAGUAAGGAUCAAUCAGUACCUCAACAAUCCCAGAUCCAAUAG